AUGUCAAAAAAAACAUUUAUUGCUGUAUUUUUGUUCAUCUUCAUUGGUGAGAAAAAUAAAUCUGUUCUUUGUGUUUUUGUUUCAAUGAAAUUGAUUUAUAACUCAACUUUUACAGUAAAAGUUCUUGCGUCGAUUUCAAGUGUGAUCUCUGAAAAUUUGGCCUUAAAAAAAUUAACAAAAAGCAGUUCUGUGUUUCAUAAUAACAACACAUGGCACUCAAGUUUGAUGGUGGAUGGCGAUGCAAAUCCUUUCGCAGAUUUGGGACACUGUUUUCAUUCUGACGAUUGGCCAGGUGGACCUAACUGGGUGGUUGUUGAUCUGGCCGAUGAUUAUUAUGUGGAUCGUGUUAAUCUUUAUUCAAGAGACCGUUGUCCCGAAAGAUUGGACUACUUUAUAAUCGGCCUCACCUCAGUGAAUUAUUCCGCAAUACCGAGAGGAAUCUACCCUCUCUGUGGUCAAUACAAGUACAAGGCAGUCGUCAGGAGCAAGCUUAAACUGAAAUGUAAUGCCAAUCUUCCUUCGUAUCGUUACGUAAUUUCUCAACAACCUGCUGACGGAGUGGGGUGGCUUACAAUCUGCGAGCUGGAGGUAUAUGAAGCCAGAAAUUUGAACUCAAAAGUAUGGAGUCGUAAAAUGAACCACAAAUUAAUCGGUUACACUUCUCAUGAAAUGGUGACCAACCGCUUGCUGAAAUGUUUGUCCAGCUGCGUGCCGGGCCUCUGUCAUUCCGUUAACUUCAAACAUGAGGAAUCCAUCUGUCAGUUGAACCAACAUUUGUUCGGGUAUCCCCAAACUGCUCUGAACAACAACACUGGUGGCUGGAGUUUCUAUGAAGUUUAUUAUGCUUAA